CACAUGUGUGAGUCAUUUUUUAAAAAUUACCCGUAAAAGUCCAGACAAAGCAUUCUGUACGCAUAAAAUAAAGUUUUGAUAAGUAAUUUUUUGGAAAAAUGUUUGAUUGAAAAAAGGAAAAAUUUUGAAAUUAGCUACGGUGAAAUAAUUUCUUGGCUCCGCCCCUUAAUUGGAGGGAUGCCGACCCAAAUCUCUCAAAGGAAGACAUAGUAAUUGAAAGAUGCAAUCAAAGAUCAGUGCCUUCUUCAAACCCAAUUCUUCGACACAAAAAGAAGCUCCAGACCUAUCUCUGUUUCCCAUCAAAUUUAGUGAUUAUUCUGAAAAAUUCACAAAAGAGCCAGAAAUUACCGUCACAUACAAGCGCAGGUCUCAAUGCUUGGACAGUGAGAAUGACAGUGGAUUUAUUAGCAAAGAAUCAAACAAUCAAGAUUCAGAGGAAAAAAUUGAAAAUUUGGGACUGCCCAAGUGUGGAAAGGUUCUGAACAAGAAGAGAAACUAUGCCCAAUUACAUUUGGAGUUGGGUCAGUCUAAUUUUCUACUGCACACAUGUAAAACGUGCGGGUUCAAGUAUGCUACUGGUGAUGAAGGUGAUGAGAGGGUUCACAAGACAUUUCACAAGAAUUAUACCCAUGGUAUUUCUUUAAAGGGUUGGCGCAAUGAAAGGAUUAUUGAUGUGCCUUUGCUUGAACGGGAGCGCAUUAUUUUGGUGCAAGGAGAUGAUCCUCAUGCUCAGCAAAAUAAGGUUCAGGAUGUUGUCAAGAUGAUGGAAAUGGAGCUCGGUGAUGGAUGGAUACUUCAUAAGAACUGUAAGGUUUACCUAUUUGUUUCAUCCCAAAGAGUAUCUGGAUGUCUGGUUACAGAAUCAAUAAAGAAGGCACACAGGAUAUCCUCAAGCUCAGUAAUCAAGAAACACGAUAACAUCUCUGCAAAAGAAACGAGAAGUUUGGUUUCCCUUCAAUUUGGUAGUGUGAGUUUCAAGAGGGAAAUCAUAAGAAGUGAUUCUUCAGCUGUAGAGCCAGAGGAAAGCAUUGAUGGAAUAAUUUUAUGUGAGGAUGAUGCUGUACCUGCUGUUUGCGGCAUUAGAGCCAUUUGGGUUGCUCCCUCUAAGAGGAGAAAAUGCAUAGCAACUAAUCUUCUUGAUGCAGCAAGGAAGAGCUUUUGCACGGGCAUAACUCUUGAACACAGGCAGCUAGCUUUUUCUCAGCCUACCUCACUUGGAAAGGCUUUGAUAUCCAGUUAUACUGGGGGUUCUUUCUUGGUCUACACAAUGGCUGAUCUGAGCUAAGGUUGGUUUUGUAUGUUACUUGGAUCGUGAAUUUUUUUUCUUCUGUACUCGGUGAACUUUGUCUAUAUUUUGCUUAAAAAACGGAGGGGGAUCGCGUUAGGUUGACAUCAGGACUUUGAGUUCUUUUGACAUAAAUAUUUUUACUAUCCAAACUAAAGGCGGAAGAGAUGCUUUUUGGCUCAUGAAAUCGUGCAACGGUAUUCAAAAUAUACCUAUCACCACGUUAUGAAGGGAAAAGAGAAUAUAAAGAAUUUAGUUUCUGAGUCAAUCAACAAGCAAUGUCGUGCUUUCAACUUUAUCAUUGCUAAUAUCGUUUUAGCAUAAUUCCUUGCUACAAUUCUUGUUACGUACUCGGGAUUCUAUCUUGAAGGUCAACCUUGUUUAGAGGGAUAAAUCAAAAUUUUUAUAUGUUGUUUA